AUGGCUUGUCUCACAACUCUUCUCUUUGCCAUGUGGCUUGGUGUGACAGUGAGCACAGUGGUUGAUCUGGAGAAGAGAAUCUUCGGAGGUGAAGAGUGUGGAGCAAAGGAGCGUCUGUACCAUGUCAAGGUGAUAUCAACUGAUAUGGACCGACAACGGUUCCGUUGUGGCGGCUCUCUGAUCAGUGACCGAUGGAUUCUGACUGCAGGUCACUGCUUUAAGCCAGGACGGACUUUCACCGCAUAUAUAGGCGUGCAUCCUGGUCCUCCUCAAGUAGUGAGAAUCACAGAGAAACCUAAAAUCUUCAACGACGGCAAGAUACACGACCUCAUGUUACUGAAGCUGCCUGGAGCAGUAGGUAUCAAACCUGUACAACUUCCCGACUGUCAACAUCGUCCCACGAUACAGGGUGACUCUGGUGGAGGAGUGGUGUACAGGGACAGGAUUUAUGGUGUCCAUGUAAGGGGUCAUCCUACACAUGCCUUUGCUGCACCAGCUACAUCUAUGGACCUCUGUUAUCCGCCAUACUUGAAGUGGAUCAAGAAUACUAUCAAGCAACCAUGAGCAAAUGCAGCUUCUGGUUAAUGGUGAAAUGUUCAGU